UUCAAGAGCACUACCUUACACUGUGUGUUUCAGUAUGAGCCGCAUUCGACGCCAUUUUGGUACGCCUUUGUAGAUAAAGAACGCGACUUUGUUGAAAAUUGGAGACAAGCUUUGAGGAGGCCAUCAGGAGACGGUCGAAAACGAAUCAAAUAGAAUUAUUUAGUGAUUGUGUUGCUAAAAAUUCGAAGCAAUCCCAGGUGCACUAUGUCGGACAGUCAGCAAUCGCCAUCAGCCGACGCCGGGAAACAAGCUGGCGGCGGUACGUACAACGAUAUCCUAGAAAACAUUCGGGAACUGAUAUACAAAGACAAAAGCACCAUCAUGGUCAAGGCAGUGGAGCUGCAAGUGCGUAAUGUACAUCAGGAUCAGGAAAUAAAGCUGCUGAUGCAGACGCUGCAGGACGCGAUACAGCAGAAGGAACAGAUGAACAAAGAUGUGCAUGAUCAGCCAGUGAUCGAAUCGUUCAUGGCCAACAUAGAGGCCCAGAACAGUGCGACGCGAAAGCAGCUGCAGGAAAAGGUGGAGUCGAUCAAUGUUCACAUCAAAUCGAGCGAAAUGCUACGCAAACAGCUGAAGAAGGAGAGCGUUACUUUACGGUUCGCUAUCGAUGACCUGCGCAGACGCAUUGACGAGAAGGAGGAAGAAGGAAAAAACAUUCAUGACGCGCUCGCGGAGACGGCCGCUCGGGCCCAGCAUAUGACUAAGCAACGAUCGGCGGUAUCGGCGGAGAUGGCGAAACUUCGCGAAGAGUGUCAGUUGAAAAUGGCCGAGAUGCGCAAGAUGGCGGCUAGUUACGAGGAAAGCGCCAAAAAAACGCAAGCCGAAAUGGCCGAAAGGAGCAAGGAAAUGGAGCACUGUGAAGUGGAGCUAGCGAAGGCCAAGCAAAAGGUUGCCGAAAAGGUGCAAGCCUUCGAGCAGCUGCAAACGGAGAAGGCCACCUUGCAGCAACGCUACGCCGAGCUGAAGAAAAACUACGAAAACAAAGUGGAACGCAUGGAACGUUGCUUUCUAGAGGAAAAGACCCGGAAGGAUGGUAUGUUCACGGAGCUGAACAACGUGAACCAGUGUAAAGUGACCGAGCUCGAGCAAAGUAUUGCCAACAGCAAGAGCCAAUCCGCUCAGAAGCAACGUUGCGCCGGAGACCUGCAUGCCACUGUUUUGAAGCUGGCUCUACAGCUGGAGGCGGCAAGCAAUCGCAACAAGGAACUGAAGACAGAACUGGAAAAGCUGAAAACGGGUGGGCUGGAGGCCAAUGGUGCGGGAAAACAGGAACCUCCGAAGAAUAAACCCAACCUGUUGGCCUUUGGGAGACCGAAAGCGUUCGUGUUUUCGAAAAACGCCAAUCCGGCUCCCGAUCCGGCACAAUCCGCAACUAGCAACACUGAGUCUUCUUUCCACAUGGAUAACGACCCGAGUUUCUUGAAUAGCGACACUCACUUAGAAGGGCGUAAGUAAUUUCGUGCACUUGCACUAGAAACUACCACAUUCAAUCGCCAGAGCCAUUUGAUUGUAGUGCCAGAUAGCAUCAAACGAGCCCCCUCUGUAGCUUACAUUGCUAGUGUCUUGUUGCUGCACUAGUUGCUUAAUAUAUGGAAUUGUAAUAAAA